CUCCUCGUCAACCUCAACCUUUUCUCAAUCCUCAACCAGAACAUACUCUUCUUCUACCUAUUUACUCUAACAGAGCUCUAUCGACCGUCAGCUCGAGCUCCGAUAUCAUUGCUCUGACUUGCAGCAUGGAUCCUUCCGCCCCUGAUCCACCCCUUGAGCCGCCUAGUUCACCAAAGUCGACAGAAUAUGCGCUUUCCUCCGCCGAGGUAAAGCAAGAACCAGUCGCUUGUAUCUUUUGCCUGAACGAUCUCCUUCGGGGUGCACCUUCGGCAGGUGUCGAUGAGGAUGUUGCUCGCUUGAACCCUUGCAAUCAUACAAUGCAUAACGAAUGCCUUCAACUAUGGCUGGAGAGAGCAAAUAGUUGUCCUCUUUGCCGUACCAACUUUCACGAAGUUAGCGUCUCAAAAACUCUGGAUAGCGAAGUCACCCGAGCAUAUAAUGUUGAGGACAAGAUACAAGUCGCAGACGAUAUCCAACCGCAUUUCAUCCGACCAGUUCUUGAUCUCGCCCUCUUGCAUGCCGCCCGAGAGCACGAUGCUGCGGCAGGCCAUUUCGAAACUUUUCACGCCCAAUGUAGCCACUGUUAUCUAGACGAUCGUGGAGAAACUGUUUUAUGCCCCCUCUGUGCUAGGUUCUACCAUGUCGACUGUCUAGAACCCCGACGACCUGCCAACGUUUUGAUCUGUCGGCGUUGUGCCUUGCGAGAACGAAGGGCCGUAAUGAAUAACGGCAACUCCUUUGAGGACAAUCCUCUUCGGACGGGAUCGCUUUCUAGGUUUCAACGUGCGAGGUUGGUAGCUCGAGAACAACUUGCUUGGGAAUCUGCUUGGGAGCGUCUUGAAGCCGAACAUAGUCCAUGGGAUGACGAUGAAGAUGACGAUGACGACACAGAGAAUCAAAUCGUUUCAAUUCUUACCCGAACUAAUAGGAGACGAGCAGUUGCUGCAGCCCAGACAGGAGGAUUGAGCACUUUUGUCGAACCGGUGGCCUGGACGGAGCCAGUUAGGAGGACCAGAACCGCAUGGCCGCAAGAGCCGAAGGUUAUCACCGAAGAAGAGAAAGAGCUAUGGGAUACUUUUGAAUUGGCUCUAAAGGAGUCCCAGGGCAGAGGGACACACGGGGACCGGAGUCCCCAGGAUGAUCCUUGCACAGAACCAUCGAAGAAGAGGGACGGAGAAUCUAGUUCUGGUCCCGGUAGGAGCUCAGAAGAACAACGUGAAGAGGAAGUACGGCGAAAACGCCCACGCACUAGACGCGAUUCACAAUUGUUGGUCAAUACCGGCGAUGGCCCAAUUUUAAAGAGUCACACAGCGCAUACGACUCCAGUUGCCAUGUUCCCAAACAUCCGCCAGCCCCCCGCCAGCGAAGGCCCAGAAUCCUCACCAAGCGCCUAUUCACAAGUCAUGUCUUACAUCGGAAAAGGCUUGGAGUAUUCCCCUCCGGGCGCUGCGGCCCUCGUCGGCGGUGUGGGACCGGGUGCAGUGCCGCCGGAUUUCUCUGCGGCACCUAGUCCAGGCCGCCGGUUAGCUUCUCCAGAAAUCGCUACAUCGCUGUCUCCGUUUGUUGUCGGCUCACCACCCAUGAGUUGUCCUGGUUCCCCAAUUGCAGAGGCCCCAAUUAGGAGAAGUUCCGGGAAAGUUUCCUCUCCAACGCGUCGAACACCUGCAUCUCCGACCCAACCAAUUUUCUCUCGCCCUUGGGAGAGACCUCCUCGUCCCGCCUCAUCCUCACACAAACGACCCUAUCAGGCUCCAUCACCGCCAUCGGGGAGUGACUCCAGCGGUAACGAGGAUCAACAGAAUUCACGCAAGAGGAGGUCUAUCAACUGUCUAACUCCCGAGGCUAAGCAGGACCUUGCAAGCGUGGUCACAUCAAUCUUGCAACCAAUGUACCCGACAAUGAUUUCGAAGCAGGAGUUUACGGAGAUCAAUAAGAAAGUUUCCAGACAACUGUAUUCAAUCUUCAACAACGAAAAUUUUGGAUUAGAUGAUAAGGAGAGGUGGAAAAAGGUUGCGCAGGAGCAUGUUUCGAUUGCGCUGAAGCAUCUCUCCGUCUAG